AGAGGGCUAUUUCCGGCGCCGCUGCAGCUGCUCUUCCUCUCCUCCUUCUUCUUCUUCUGGGAGCGAGCGAGGGAGGGAGGCGAGUCUCCUCAGGCGGCUGGCGCACGGGCCUCUUCCCCCUCCUCCACGGGAUGUAGCUACAACGGUCGUCCGGCUUUGCAGAGCUGGAAUGUCAAGUUGGGUGGAGCUGUGAGCCAGUUUCCUGCAACAAGUGCAACAACUCAAAAGUGAGAAGUCUUCAUCAGGGUGCUGGGCAGGCCUGCUGUUCAUCUGAUUUCGGAAAGGGGAAGAGGCCUGGUGUCUGCGUUGACCAAAUGUCGUCCCGCAAAGGCUCAGUUGCCAGCCAAGGAAAUGGGCCUUCAGCUAACGGCAGGGAGAGGGAACUUGUGGAGCUGGCUGAGCUCGGACCCCUCUUAGAGGAGAAAGGAGACCAAGCGGCGAUCAGUUCGGCCAUUGUUCAAGACCAGCCAUGCCCAGCAACUCAGGAGGAAGAGGAGGAGGAGGUGCGGGUGCUGACCCUCCCUCUGCAGGCACAUCAUGCGAUGGAGAAAAUGGAAGAGUUUGUAUACAAGGUCUGGGAAGGCCGCUGGAGGGUCAUCCCCUACGACGUGCUGCCCGACUGGCUGAAAGAUAACGAUUACCUCCUGCACGGGCACCGGCCCCCCAUGCCCUCUUUCAGAGCCUGCUUCAAGAGCAUCUUCCGCAUCCACACGGAGACGGGCAACAUUUGGACCCACUUGCUAGGUUUUGUGCUGUUCCUUUGCCUGGGAAUCCUGACCAUGCUCCGGCCGAACAUGUACUUCAUGGCCCCUCUGCAGGAAAAGGUGGUCUUUGGGAUGUUUUUCCUCGGGGCCGUGCUGUGUCUCAGCUUCUCCUGGCUUUUCCAUACAGUCUAUUGCCAUUCAGAGAAGGUGUCCCGGACGUUUUCCAAGUUGGAUUAUUCUGGGAUAGCUCUGCUGAUCAUGGGCAGCUUUGUCCCCUGGCUGUACUACUCUUUCUACUGCUCCCCGCAGCCCCGGCUUAUCUACCUCUCCAUUGUAUGUGUGCUGGGUAUCUCAGCGAUCAUCGUCGCACAGUGGGACCGGUUUGCAACGCCUAAGCACAGGCAGACGAGGGCAGGGGUGUUCCUUGGGCUCGGUCUGAGCGGGGUGGUACCCACCAUGCAUUUCACCAUCGCCGAAGGGUUUGUGAAAGCCACCACCGUGGGACAAAUGGGCUGGUUCUUCCUGAUGGCUGUCAUGUACAUCGCAGGAGCCGGUCUCUACGCCGCCCGCAUCCCUGAGCGCUUCUUCCCUGGCAAGUUCGAUAUCUGGUUCCAGUCUCAUCAGAUCUUCCACGUGCUGGUGGUGGCUGCAGCCUUUGUCCACUUCUACGGAGUCUCCAACUUGCAGGAAUUCCGCUACGGGCUCGAAGGAGGAUGUACUGACGACUCGCUUCUCUGAGGAACCGCAGGAGACUUUAGUACACACUUCCUAAGUGCUUUUAAAGUAACCUUCUUUGCUAACAUCAAAAAAAAGAAGAAGACUCUGAACAGUUUCUUUUCUUUUCUUUUUUCUUUUUAAAGAAACUUAGGAAAAGUUGGCAGUGGUUAUUCCUGGCUUUUCUCCUCUCGGGAGGACUGGAUGGGGGGACAGGAUGGGUUGCCAACUGUCCACUGGGUGGAAGUGCCUCUAGCCACAAACCCUGUUUUUGACUUCGCAGGAGUAACAUUGGAAUUUUCCGGACACAAGAGAAAUUCUGGCAAAAAAAAGAGAAAAGGAACCGGGGGGCCCUCUUAACAUGCUCUUUGAUGCUGCAAACAUACCCCAUGCUUGAAGAGACUCUCUGAGCGCCCCAUUUCCCCCCUCCGUAUCCGAAGGAGGCUUUGUAUUGAGCUGGCAGGCCGACGGCAUCUCCCACCUGCUGGGGUGCUCGAGAGACAGGUGCUUAGGGCUGUUUCCCCUUUAAUUUUGUCUUUCUUGACAAAAGUAAUGUAUGCCUAAAAUCAAGAGUAUUUAAUAUUUAAUAUUGAGCUUUAAAGAAAA